AUGGAAACAAGUUCAUCUCCUAGAAGAAGCAAAACAAAUGGAGGAGGAUUAUUUUCAUGUUGGAGGGGUCUCAAAUUGAAGAUUCCAUGGAAGAGAAGAACAAACAACACUUAUAGUCAUGAUGGUGGUUUUAGGUAUGACCCUUUAAGCUAUGCUCAAAAUUUUGAUGAUGGUAAGUGGGAAGAAGAUGAUGAAGAAUCUCUAGGUCGCGGUUUCUCGGCUAGAUAUGCUGCACCUUCGGGUAAAAUAUUCAAGCAAUGA